AUGGCUUGGGAGAAUCAGAGUUUCAACUCUGAAUUCAUCCUACUGGGAAUAUUUGAUCACAGCCCCACACACAUCUUCCUCUUCUGUCUGGUCUUGGGCAUCUUCACAGUGGCCUUCAUGGGAAACACUGUUAUGGUUCUCCUCAUCUACCUGGACACCCAGCUCCACAUCCCCAUGUACUUGUUCCUCAGCCAACUCUCCCUCAUGGACCUCAUGCUUAUCUGUACCACUGUACCCAAGAUGGCCUUCAACUACUUGUCUGGAAGGAAGUCCAUCUCUUUGGCUGGCUGUGGAACCCAGAUAUUCUUAUAUGUGUCCCUGCUUGGAUCUGAAUGUUUCCUGUUGGCUGCAAUGGCCUAUGACCGGUACAUAGCCAUUUGCCACCCAUUACGGUACUCUGUUCUCAUGAGCCAGAAGAUCUGCUGUCUCAUGGCUGUUCCCUCCUGGAUCAUUGGCCUUCUUGAUGGUGUAAUUGUUAUUGCUGUUGCAUUGUCUUUCCCAUAUUGUGGUGCUCGGGAAAUACCCCAUUUUUUCUGUGAUGUCCCUGCCCUUCUCACUCUUUCAUGCACUAACACAUUGCUCUUUGAAAGGUUAAUGUUUAUUUGCUGUGUAAUCAUGCUUCUUUUCCCUGUAGCAGUCAUCAUUGCAUCCUACACUCAUGUUAUUCUGGCUGUCAUUCGCAUGAGAUCUGGAGAGGGUCGCAGCAGAGCUUUUGCCACCUGUUCCUCUCACCUCAUGGUGGUGGGGAUGUACUAUGGAGCUGCCAUGUUCAUAUAUAUGAGACCUGUUUCUGAUCGUUCCCCGACGGAGGACAGGAUGGUGUCAGCCUUCUACACUAUCCUUACUCCCAUGCUGAAUCCCCUUAUCUACAGUCUCCGCAACAAGGAAGUGUUUAGAGCAUUCAUCAAGGUAUUAAGGAAGGGAAAAUCUGGAGAGAAAAUUGCCUAA